CUACGUGGUGCUGGACCUGAUGGAGUCGGACCUGCACCAGAUCAUCCACUCGGCGCAGCCGCUGACGCCGGAGCACGUGCGCUACUUCCUGUACCAGCUGCUGCGCGGCCUCAAGUACAUCCACUCGGCCAACGUCCUGCACCGCGACCUCAAACCCUCCAACCUGCUGGUCAACGAGAACUGCGAGCUCAAGAUCGGCGAUUUCGGCAUGGCCCGGGGUCUGGGGGCCGACCCCCGCCACGCCAAACCCUUCCUCACCGAAUACGUGGCCACGCGUUGGUACCGGGCGCCGGAGCUUCUCCUCUCCUUGCACCGUUACACCCGCGCCAUCGACAUGUGGUCGGUGGGAUGCAUCUUCGCCGAGAUGCUCGGCCGCCGACAGCUCUUCCCCGGCCGCAACUACGUCCACCAGCUGCAGCUCAUCAUGGCGGUGCUGGGGACGCCGCCGCCCGCCGUCAUGGCAGCCAUCGGGGCCGAGCGGGUGCGGGCCUACCUGCAGAGCUUGCCCCCGCGCCCGCCGGCCCCGUGGGAGAGCCUGUACGGCCACGCCGAACCCGAGGCCUUGGCGCUGCUGGGGAGGAUGCUGCGCUUCGACCCGCGCGAGCGCGUCGGCGUGGACGAGGCCUUGCGGCACCCCUUCCUGGCCAAGUACCACGACCCCGAGGACGAGCCCGAGUGCGUGCCGGCGUUCGACUUCGCCUUCGAGCGCCGGGCGCUCACCAAGGAGGAGAUCAAGGCGGCCAUCGUGGCCGAGAUCGAUGAUUUCCACCAGCGCCGCGACGGCAUCCGGCGCCAGAUCGCCCUGGCGCCGGCCGAUGGCGGCGCGACGGCCAACGCGGCCAGUGUUGGGGUCAACGUGGCCAACGCCGGCGUCAACUUGGCCAAUAUUGGGGUCAACGCGGCCAACGCCGGCAUCAACGUGGCCAAUGUUGGGGUCAACGCGGCCAACGCCGGCAUCAACGUGGCCAAUAUUGGGGUCAACGCGGCCAACGCCGGCAUCAACGUGGCCAGUGUUGGCAUCAACAUGCCCAAUGUUGGCGUCAACGCAGCCAAUGUUGGCAUCAAUGUGGCCAAUGCCAACGCCAACGUCAGCGCAGCCAAUGUUGGCAUCAACGUGGUCAACACCGGCAUGAACAUGGGUAACAUUGGCGUCAACGCGGCCAAUACCGGCACCAAUGCGGCCAACGCCGGUGUCAACGUGACUAAUGUCAACGCUGGCAUCAACGCGGCCAAUAUUGGUGUCAACGUGGCCAAUACCGGCAUCAACGUGGCCAAUGUUGGCAUCAACCUGGCCAAUAUUGGCGUCAGCGCGGCCAAUACCGGCACCAAUGUGGCCAACGCCGGCGUCAACGCGGCCAACGUCAACGCCAGAGUCAACGUGGCCAAUGUUGGCCUCAACGUGGCCAACGCCGGCGUCCAUAUGAUCAACAUGGCCAACGCUGGCGUCAACGUGGCCAAGAUGACCAAUGUGGGUGCCAAUAUGGCCAACGCCGGCAUCAGUAUGGUCAAGAUGGCCAAUGUGGGUGCCAAUAUGGCCAACACCGGGAUCAGCAUGGCCAACACCGGCAUCAGCGUGGCCAAGAUGACCAACGCCGGCAUCAAUAUGGCCAACACCGGGAUCAAUAUGGCCAACGCCGGCGUCAAUAUGGCCAACACCGGGAUCAACAUGGCCAACCCCAGCAUCAACGUGGCCAACAUGGCCAACGCCGGCAUCAGUAUGGCCAACACCGGGGUCAACAUGGCCAACACCGGUGUCAACAUGGCCAAGAUGGCCAAUGUGGGUGCCAAUAUGGCCAACGCCGGCGUCAACGUGGCCAAGAUGACCAAUGUGGGUGCCAACGUGGCCAACGCCGGCAUCACCGGGACCGAUGCACCCGUCCCCGUCCCCACGGGCGGCGUGGGCGCCCCGUGGCCGUGCACGGACGUAGACAUGGCGAGCCCCGGCCCCGCGCCGGCCCCCGAUUGCCCCAUGGAAUCGCCACGGGUGAAGGCGGAACCGGAGGUCCCGGCGGCGCCGAAACGCGACGGCGCCAUCUCUGACGACACCAAGGCGGCCCUGAAAGCGGCGCUGCUGAAAUCCGCCAUGAGGAACAGGAGCAGAG